GACUGACGGGCACCCGAGGGGAGUCAGGCAGCCCCGGCACCAACGGGCUCCCAGGGGAGAAGGGGCCCCAGGGGGAGUGUGCGGUGGCACCCCGUUCGGCCUUCAGCGCCAAGCGCUCCGAGUCCCGCAGCCCGCCGCUGCCCGAUGUGCCCAUUGUCUUCGACAUCAUCCUGAUUAACGAGCAAGGCCACUACGACGGCAACACCGGCAAGUUCAUGUGCGAAAUCCCCGGGUUGUACUACUUCGCCGUACACGCGACUGUCUACCGGACGAGCCUCCAGUUCGACAUUAUGAAGAACGGCAAGUCGGUCGCCUCCUUCUUCCAGUUCUACGGCAACUGGCCCAAGCCGACCUCCCUGUCCGGAGGGAGCCUGGUGCGGCUGGAGCCGGAGGACGAGGUCUGGGUGCAGGUGGCAGUGGGCGAGUACACUGGCUUCUACUCCAGCGUGAAAACAGACAGCACCUUCACCGGGUUCCUCGUCUACUCCUACUGGCAGAACUCCCCUGUCUUCGCCUGAGAGGGAGCCCAGGAAAUGCCGGCAUCCUAAACUCCCACAUCUUAGCCUUGGUUUACCUCAACAGCCCCAAGAUCCUUCU